AUGACUGUGACAGCAGCAUCAGUGAAGGAUACCGUUCAAGGUACUAUGAAAGAUAUUAUCAACGAAGCAUCAACCAAGCUUCCGUUGAAAGACUCCACUAAACUUCAAGGGAGAGAAUUAUACAAAUCUAUUGGUAGUCCCAAAACUAUAGUAGCACCUAUGGUAGAUCAAUCUGAACUUGCAUGGAGAAUUUUGUCUCGUAGAUAUGGAGCCGAUUUAUGUUACUCACCAAUGUACCACGCAAGAUUGUUUGCUACUGAAAAGGCUUAUAGAGAUCGAAUGAUCUCUGAAUUAGAUGGUGAUCCAACUAUUGAUAGACCUUUAGUCAUUCAAUUUUGUGCCAAUGAUCCUGAACAUUUAUUACAAGCAGCAAAGUUGGUGGAAGAUAAAUGUGAUGCAGUUGACUUGAAUUUGGGAUGUCCACAAGGAAUCGCUAGAAAAGGUCAUUAUGGAUCUUUCUUGAUGGAAGAUUGGGAUUUAGUCCACAAAUUGAUCAAUAACUUACAUAAGAAUUUAUCUAUUCCUGUAACUACCAAAAUAAGAGUUUAUGAUGAUUGGGAAAAAUCCGUUGAUUAUGCUAAGAUGGUGAUUGAUGCUGGAGCUCAAAUGUUAACCGUACAUGGAAGAACAAGGGAUAUGAAAGGUCAAGCUACAGGGUUAGCUAACUGGGAAAUUUUGAAACAUAUCAGGGAAAGAGUUGGAGAUCAAGUAUUUUUCGCCAAUGGUAACAUUAUUUAUCCCGAUGACAUAGAGAGAUGUUUCAAUACCAUCGAUUGUGACGCUGUUAUGAGUGCUGAAGGUAAUUUAUAUAACCCAGGGACUUUAUGGACAAAGGAUAAUGAUAUCAACAAACAGUUCCCAAGGGUUGAUACUUUAUUAAGAGAAUAUUUCGAGAUUGUUAGAUCCAUCAAAAGUGAAGCCUCAAGACAUUGCAUGAAAGCUCAUUUUUUCAAGAUAUUGCACGAGUUCUUAAACCACAAUACUGACUUGAGACCACUCAUAGGUAGAACUAGUGUCAAUUCAGAUUGGAAAGAAUGGGAUGAUAUUGUCAAAGAAAUAGAGAGUAGAGUUGAGAAGAUUUAUCAAGACGAAGACAUUGAAGAAAAAGAUAUCGUAACAGUGGGUGGAUUGGAAAGUUGGGGUGGUAAGUACAGAGAAGUUCCAUACUGGAGAUGUCAACCAUAUUUCCGUAGAGUUGAUGGUGAGAAACAAAAUACCAGGGUGUUGAAAAUAGCUGCUUCUGAUAAACUCUCAGUACCCACAAAUGAUUCAAACUCCACAAACAAGAAAAGGAAGGGUGAAGAUGCAGAAUUAAUAAGCAAAAGGAGUAAAUAG